AUGCUCUCCUCUCACACGACUCACCAACAACAGAGUUGGACACAUAUUGAUCAACCUUCCACCCCACUACCCGGCGCGUCACAAUCUCGAUCUGGCGUCGGCUAUUCUUCCAGAACCUCUCUACGAGCCUCGCCGUUUUCUCGUUCAGAAUCGGAUUACUCGUUCAAUUCCCCAAACCCGACCGUCCACCACGCCCUUGAGUCGACUCCCCUCGCUGGCUCUCCUGCCUCUACUCCGCUAUCAACCCCUUUUGAUACGCCUGUGGCCACACUUGUUCUUGGGCCCGUCAAAUCUGUCCACCGUCCUGGAACGAUUCCCGUCACACCACCCUUGAGUCCACUUAGGGUGCCUCUGCUUCCUUUUGUGGCAGCAUCAUGCCAGAUCGAUGAUGACCCCGGCUUUUUAAGAGCAUUGGAUGAAGAUAUGGGGGGAUUUUGGGCUGAUAGAGCGGAGGAAUUGGAAUCCGAGAUUCAACUUCGACAAGUCGUAAUUGCCAGUUAUCAGGGGGACAUUGCAGAACUUACAGAGCAGGCCAAAAGGUCGUUGCGGGCAGAUUUGCAGAGGAGGGUAGCCUAUUUGGAGAAGCACAUGGCAGUUCAUCUCCAAGAUCAAAUUGAGACUCGAGAGAAGCUGGCUCAGGCUACCGAGAAUUUGGAUGCACUGCGCGCUGAGGAGCAACUACAGCUGGCGCCGGUUGCUGAGGAAGCAGCGGUACCAAUCGAGGAAGUCAACAACAGGCUAGCUUUGGAUGAGUCCAUGAGCGCAAUACAAAGCAUCGCGCAGCUCGCUAGAGAUCUAUUGAACGACCCUCGCCUAAAGACUUCUACGCCGGCCUUUCCACAUACUCCAUUUCUUGCUUCCCCAGCGCCCACACCGGCUCCAAGCCCUGCGGCUGGCCCCGAUACGACUACAGCCACGAAUCCAGCCCCGACGCCAGAUCGUCAGCUUCCAGUCCCGUCUGCACAACCCACGUCCAUCGAUACACAACGGACACAGCGGAACGCCAAGGGCAACGACAACGGCAAGCCCAGGCUUGUCAAGAAGCCGAAGCUCCUUCACGAGCUCAAGUGGCUUUCCCAGGUUGGAGGAGCCGGGAACUCGGCCGUUGUUGGACACGCAAUAAUGAAGAGGAUGGGGAUAGCGAGAAUGACAAGUGGACUGGAACUGAAAAGAUGGCGGACGUGUCGAAUGAGAAAAGAGUCACCGAUGAAUGGGCUGGACGGCUCCGAAAGAGGACCAAAGUUUGGAGGAAGAGUUCAGGAAGGUACGAGGAUGCGGCCAAUGUUGAGAAGCCAGUGA